GCGGGGAGGCGGCGGAGCAGCGAGGGGGAGGCGGGGCGGAGCCGGCUGUACGAGCACGUGCGGGAAGGGAACAGCGCGCGGCCCCGCCUGGACAUGGCGGCGCUGAGCGCCCGGCCCGAGCAGGCGGAGCGGGAGCUGGAGACCCGCAAGGGGCCGCUGGGGCCCCGGGACCUGCGCGAGAUCCUCUCCACAUGGAAGAGGCUGGUGAAGGUGCAGGAAGAGAUUGGAAAACUUGAAACUGAGAAAGAGGAAGUCUCCGUUCAAGUGAAAUGCCUCGUGGAGACCCAGGACAAGAGCACGUUGCAGGCGCUUCCCGAUUACCAGGUGCUACGGAACCGCGGGCGGGAAAUACGUCACCAGCUGAAUUCCCUGUACCAAGAGGAGCUGGUGCUGGAUGAACAGUACUAUCUGAAGGCUCUGAAACUGCCGAACUGGACCCACCCUGAUGUGCCCAUCGGAGACGAGAGCCAAGCAAAGGUGGUGGAGGUCGUGGGAGAGAAACCAGCUUUUGAUUUCAAAGUGAGGGGGCACCUGGAAAUUGGGGAAGACCUGGAUAUCAUCAGACAAAGGCGCCUCUCUCACAUCUCAGGCCACCGCUCCUAUUAUCUCCGAGGGGCCGGAGCCAUGCUCCAGCACGCCCUCGUCCAGUUCACCGUCAGCAAGCUGGUGAAACAGGGCUUCAUUCCGAUGGCCGUUCCCGACCUACUGCGAGGAGCCGUGUUUGAAGGCUGUGGCAUGCAGCCCAACGCCGUCCCGUCCCCCGUGUACAAUAUCGACCCGUCCCGCUUCGAGGACCUGUGCCUGGCUGGCACCUCCGAGGUCGGCAUCGCAGGCUACUUCAUGGAUCAUGCCGUGAAUUUGGAGGACAUGCCAGUCAGAACCGUGUGUUCCAGCACGUGCUACAGAGCGGAGACAGACACUGGCAAGGAGCCCUGGGGCUUGUACAGGGUCCAUCAGUUCACCAAGGUGGAGAUGUUCGGGGUGACGGCGGCGGAGAGCGGGGAGGAGAGCGCCGCCCUGCUGGAGGAGUUCCUUGCCCUGCAGAAGGAGAUUUUCUCUGAGCUAGGGCUGCACUACAGGGUCCUGGAUAUGCCCACCCAGGAGCUCGGGCUGCCCGCCUACCGGAAAUACGACAUCGAAGCCUGGAUGCCCGGCAGGGGCAAGUAUGGUGAGAUCUCCAGCACCUCCAACUGCACUGACUACCAGAGCCGGCGCCUAAACAUCAUGUACUGCGACCGGACAGGGCAGCUCCGCUACGCGCAUACGGUCAACGGCACAGCCUGCGCCGUCCCGCGGGUGCUGAUCGCUCUGCUGGAGUCCAACCAGCUCCAGGAUGGCAGCGUCCGAGUCCCCGCGAUCCUGCAGCCGUUCCUGGGCAUGGAAACCAUCGUCAAACCCGGCUACACCCCCUUGAAAUACAUCGGGCCCAACCAGCCCAAGCGCCGCUGAGCCGCCUACCGGGAGCGGCCGUAACGGGGACCAGCCGUCGGGGAGCCCAGCCGGACGCAGACGAGACACGCGAGCGCACCCCGGCAGCAUUCAGAGGGGCCUUUCCUGGUUUGUUUUCCGGCUCUGAGCCGCACCCGGGUUAUUCUCGGUGGCUUGUGGCAGCUCCGCAGUGCAGCUGAGACUGGAGCAGAGCUCUUUUCCCCCCUGGGUGGCGCCCAGGCCCGGUAGCCCAUGGGACCCGUCCCUUCUCCUGCCCCCUCGAGCUGGUCUGCGGCACGUGGAUGGGGCCCAUGUGGAUGGGGUCUGAGGUGCUUCAGAAACCCCAAGAUCCUUCCGGCACUAGAUUGUGCUGCCUGGAGCCAGACCCCAGCACUGGCAAGAAGCAGGGAGCUGUUUUCUACCCAGGACUCCUGGGUUCCUCCAUCAGUAACCCCUGGCGAGGGGGAGGAGAGAUCUGGCCUACAGGCCUUUUGGGGGCUUGCUGGGGUCAUGGGUAGAUUCAUUCCCCCCUUAACAAUUCCCUCUCCGUGUCCUGCUCUGCGACCUCCCUGCCGGUACCAGCCAUGACCGGUGGAGCUGAUGGCUGACGAGAUCGAGAGCUUUUCGCCCCGCGGGCCGCUGGUUCUCAUCCGACUCGGGCCAGCGCUGGUUGCAGUGUGUUCCCAUCGGCCAACCCUUUGAAGAAACGAGUUUGCCGGGUCUCAGCCCAGAUCCCCGGUGGAGCCGCGUCACACAGAGCAGGAUCGGCACCGAUUCUCGCCGGCAGCCUCAGUGGAGAGGCAGAACGGGCCAUGGAGACUGGUCUCCCCCAUUGGCCAUAGCCAGGGUCUCCUGGGGGCUGUGGCAGACAAGCCAGGGGAGCAGUGUGUGGGGUGGGGAGGGUCGCCCUUGCAGCUGCCCAUGCUGUGGGGAAGGAGAGGGGGAUCCAGGCUCCCUGAUCGGUUGCUGGACUGACUGCAGGGGGGGCAGGAUCCCAGCCAAGGAGCUCAGAGCGGGAGAGAGAUACCUGAGUGGGGCAGGUGCCAGCGUGGGGCAUGGGGUGCCUAGAGCCGCCAAUCAAGGGAAUGAGAUUGUGCCACCCAUUAAAUCUGCAAUUGAAA